UGCCUAAUGUGUAAUUGGCAAAGAAAUUAAUCUCUAUCUGAAAAUGGAGGUUUCAACAAGACCACCAAACAUACAGCCAAAAUAACCUCAUAUGGCCUAGCUGAUCUCCUGACCUGAAUCCCUAUGAAAAUGUACGCAGGAUUUUGAAAUUCUAAGUCCCAGAGAAGGAACCUCGUAACCUCGUUUAAAUGUUUGUUUAUUUAUUUAUUUUAUUGAAGCAAGAAAACAAAGGUUAUUCAACAUCCAUCAUCAAUGUGAAAAACUAAUUGCCCCCUUAAAAUUAAAAUCUGGUUGUGCCGACUUUAGCAGCAAUAACUGCAACCGAACGCUUCCAAUAACGGAAGAUCAGACUUUCACUUACUUCUAGGACUAGGAUUUACUCCUAUGUUUUGGAUCGUUGUCUUGCUGCAUAAUCCAGUCACGCUUGAGUUUCAACUUAUGGAUCGUAGCUAUGAGGUUCUUUUUGUGAAAUUCGGUGUUUGGUUCACACCAGAUGUAACGGGACCACUGUCUUCCAAAUAGUUCCAUGUUCGACUCCUCAAUCCACAGAACAUUCCCCCAAAAGGUUUGAAUAUCAUCAGGGUUUGUUUUGACAAAAUUCAGAUGAGUCUUAAUGUUCUUCUGGGUUAGCAGUGGUUUUCACCUCACCAUUCUUCCAUUGGAUGCCAUUUGUCCCCAGUGUCUUUCUGAUAGUGGAGUCAUGAACAGUGACCUUUAUUGAUACAAGAGAGGCCUGUAGGUCCUUUGAUGUUGUCCUUGACUCUUUUGUGACAUUUGUGUUCUGCCAGUUCUGGGAAGGUUCACUGCUUUGCCGAGUUUUUCCAUUUGGAGAUAACGGCUGUCACUGUGGUUCUUUGGAGUCCCAGAGUCUUUGAAAUAGCUUUGUAACCCUUCCCAGACUGAUGUAUUUCAAUCACCUUCUUCCUCAUUAUUUCUGGAAUUUCUUUCAAUUUUGGCAUAGUGUGUUACUGGGUAAGACCUUUUAACCGACUUUGUGCUGUUGAAAAAGUUGUAUGUAAGUGUUGAUGUGAUUGAACAGGGUUUGCAGUAAUCAGGCCUGGUUGUGUCUAGUCCAGCUGAACUCCCAUUAUGAAUGCAGUUUCAUAGAUUUGGGGAAUUAGUAACUAUGGGGGCAAAUACAUUUUCGCACAGGCCCAGUUGGUAUUGGAUACCUUUUUUGCUUCAAUAAAUAACAUUAUCGUUUAAAAACUGUAUUUUUUUGUUAAAAACUGGAUAGGCUCCCGGCUCCCUGCAACCCUGUGUAGAAUAAGUGUAGGGUAAGUGUAGGAUGGAGGGAAUGUUCUGCCAAUCAAAAGAUUUGGACACACUACAUUGAAUAUAUUUUUUACUGUAUGAGACAUUUUGAGAAAAAAUGGUUUAUAGUUGAAAUAAGACAAAUGUACACUCACCAUCCACUUUAUUAGGAACACCUGUACACCCGCUCAUUAAUCCAAUCAGCCAAUCAUACAGAUACAAGUCAAGUUGGGGAAAAGCGUGAUUUUAACCGUGGCAUGGUUGUUGCUGCCAGAUGGGCUGGUUUGAGUAUUUCAUAAACGGCUUUGAUUUUCACACGUAAGAGUCUCUAGACAAUGGCGCAAAAAACAAAAACCAUUGCGGGACCGACAGUUCUGUGGGUGGAAACGCCUUGUUGAUCAGGAAAAUCGCCAGAUUGGUUUGAGCUGCCAGGAAGUCUAUAGUAACUCAAAUGAUCACUUUUACAACCGUGGUGAGCAGAAAAGCAUCUCAACAUGCACAAAACUUCAAACAUUGAACUGGAUAGUCUACAAGAGCAAAAGACCACAUCGGCUUCCGCUCCUGUCAGCCAAGAACAAAAAUCAUGGGCACAGACUUAUCAAAACUGAGCAGUUGAAGAUUAGGGAAGAAUAUAUAUACACCUGGUUUAUUUACAGUCUUCAACUGUCCAGUUUUGGUGUACUGCCCCCAUGGUGUAAUGAAAAGUGAAGUGAAUUUCCAUGUAGAAAUUUAUUUCAGAGCAACGUAUUUAUAAGACGUUUUUCUUCACUUUACUUGAAAGGUUAUUACUAUAAAAUAGUAGAAAGUACUAAAAAAAACACCAAAGUUUUGAAUUUGUUUAGAGGAGCUCUCCUUUCAGCUAAAAAGAAAUGCGUUGUCGUUUUGUUUGGACAUUUUCGCUCUACGUACCACAACAAAGAUGGCGUCAAAAAAAAGCGUUUUCGUUUUGUUUGGACCUUUUCGCUCUACGUACCACAACAAAGAUGGCGUCGUCUUCUGACGUCUCUUUUCGAAUAUGUGUGCAAGAAAUCAUCAAAUAUGAUUUAGAGAUUAAAGCUCUCAUUCAGGAUAUACGAGAAUGUCGCGGUCCACACAGCGUGUUAAUGGAGCUGAACGCUGCAGUGAAGGAAAAAUCCAAGCACUUAACUCAACGAAUAAAGGAUAUGGAACAAAUGGCUAAAGAACAAGAUAAAGAGACCGAUAAGAACAGUAUUAUGGCUGAAACAGAGGGUCAUCACAAACAAAUGUUAAGUAACCAGACAGCAUGGAGGAAAGCCAACUUGGCCUGCAAGCUGGCCAUCGAUAACCUGGAAAAAGACGAGCUAGUACACGGCGGGGACUCGUCAUUAAGGCACAGGAAGGCCACCAAGGAGAACUUGACAGAGACAGCCAGUGGCAUCACCGAGAGUUUGAUGAGCAUCAGCCGAUUGAUGGCCCAACAGGUGAAGCAAAGUGAGGAGACCAUUGGCACUCUGGCCACAUCGUCGAGGUCAGUACUGGAAACGAGCGAAGGGUUUAAAGCCAUGACGUCCACGAUCCACUUGGGACGGAAACUCCUCCUGAAAUACAACCGGCGUGAACUCACAGACAAACUCCUCAUCUUUCUCGCACUUGCUCUGUUUUGUGCCACCGUACUCUACAUCCUGAAAAAGAGGCUCUACUCGUUCAUUUAGGAUGAGGGGGGAGGGGGGGGGGAUCAAGUGUCUAUUUUACUAUAUGCAAAUACUUGAAUUGUUGGCACUGGUCUGGUGAUGGAGGUAGUGUGGUAUAUUACAUAUAUUACAUAUAUAUAUAUAUAUAUAUAUAUAUAUAUAUAUAUAUAUAUAUAUAUAUAUAUAUAUAUAUAUAUAUAUAUAUAUAUAUAUAUAUAUAGUGCCUGCAGCUGUGAAAGUGCAUUACAGCUGCACAAAAGGCAGCUUGGGUUUAACAUGCAGUUUGCAUCUCACGAAUGAUAAUUUGGUACUCUGUCGGGCUGUUUGUAUUGACUUUAUGCAAGCGAAAGAGUAUGAGCACAUGGCAACAGUUGUAACAUUUUUAAAAAUGGGAAUUUCAAGGGCGUUUAUGAAGUAAUGGCAUUGUAUAUAGCGCUUUCUUUAGAAAUAUAUUUAUUCUUGGCCCAAGUAUGUUUAGUUGGAGGCAUCUUGAUUAAAACCCCGAAGCUUUCUUUUACCAUACCUUUACACCAGUGCGCAGAAGUGCCUUCUCUCGCUCUAUUUGAAAGUGUAAAAGCGUUUUAUUUGCUCUUGCGAGGUCUUUACGGCCUUUAGAAAGCCGUAUUUUUAAGCCAUUUUGAAACUGUUUCUAGUUUUGUGUGUUGGUUUUUUUUUUUUUUUUUUUUUUUUAAACAGAGUUGAUUGUGUCUACAUUUUUGAAAGGAAGUAUUGGGAAGAAACAUACUUGAGGUGUAGGUACACUGCGUUAUGCCUGUUUUGUUUUCUUAGUUGUUCUGAUAGUAAUUUAUUAAUUAAUGAGGUGCUAUUAGUAUCUCAUGAUGUUCUUCAGAGGUCAGACCACUUGAUGGUGCUGUAGAGUUUUUUCCAUUUAAUACAUACAAUUACUUUGUCAAGUAGAUAUCAUUUUUUUUUUCCUUUCUCUGAACAUGAGAAAAUAGUGGAACAUGGGUUUCCAACCCUAGUCUUCGGGUACCACCUGUCCUGUACAUUUGAGUGUUUUUCCCACUCUAACACACACACACACAUUUCACUCACUCUGUGAAAUUCAGUGUCCUGUAUUCAGGUAUAGUUUGUUGCAGAUGACUCCACUGUGAAAGUUACCUUGUUUUACAUCUUUAAUUCAAAUCCGUUGACCUCAUGACUGUUUAAUAAAUACGAACUGUUUUUAA